AUGCUCAGUAGCGGCUUGGCCGCACGCCUCCUCCUCUUGGUCGGCCAGGGCUGGAUGACCACCGUGGCCGCGCAGACAAUCAACGUUCCCGAGCAACAGGAUGUGACGCUCUCCACACCGACGCAGCCGCUCAAUGUCUCCAUCCCCAACAACUCGCCUCUCCUCACCUACCGCCCCAAUGUCACCUCCGGAACUCCGGACCUCGCGUGGAACAUCACAUGGUCGGAAAGCCCAUGGCCCAAGUGGCAGGAGGGAGCCCUGGGCACCGGUCGCUCCGCGCAUGUGACAUACAACAAGACGGCGUACGUUUACUUCUCCUUUGUCGGAACGCAGAUCCACUACAACGGCAAGUGCCCCGGCUGCAAUCUGACGCUGUUCAUCGACAAGGACUCCCACUUCGGCCUUACAAAUGAUCUCGGCGAAGAGGGCGGCAUCGUCGCCAGUUCUCCAGCGAUGCCCUUCGGGCUGCACACGGCAUCGCUCGCAAUCGUGAACGGCACAAUGGAGCUCUCCAACAUCAUCUACACGACAGAGUUGCCGACAUACAACGACGUCGCGAACGAGACGGAGACGGCCGAGGUUGUUGGCACGGUCACGAAUGCGAACGGCGUCGAGGCGAACAACAACGACAUCCAGAGCAGCGAGGCGGGCGGCCGCGUGUGGGAGACGAAGCAGACCCUCGGCCUCGAGAACGUGACGAGCACGCCGUACCCGCGCAUCUGGACGGACUCCAUCAACGGGUACGCCUAUUUCUCGACCCCGACGGGAGCCAGCAUGGUCACGCUCUAUGGCUCGAUGGACUACGACCACGGGCCGUACACGAUCGAGGUCACGCCGACGCCGCCCGGCCAGGUCCGCGGUGCGCUCCGGUACGACGGCUACUCGCCGUGGGCGACCAAGGACGCAGUGCUCUUCAGCACGAUCCUGGACCCGAAGCGCCAGUACACCGUCCGCAUGGUUAACAUGGACGCGGGCAAGAAGUUUGAUUUCUCGCACGCCGCGUUCUACGUCACGAACACGACCGACCCGAACCCGGGAGGUUCAGGUGGCGGAGCAUCCGACAACUCAAACUCGGGUGGCAAGGGCGACGGCGGGCUCAGCGGCGGCGCGAUCGCAGGCAUCGUCGUCGGCUCGGUUGUCGGCGGUGCGCUCCUGAUUCUGCUCGCCUGGUUCCUGUUCCGGCACCGGAGUGGGCGCGACCGCGCCGUUCUCGACGACAUUGACGACAUCCACGACGCACGCGGAGCAGCGGACAAGGCCGAAAUCUCACCCUUCAUCAUGCCGGGCGUCAACGCCGAGCCGAAGGAGGGAACAACGGCGGCGAACGCCCAGCAGCGUCAGGCACCCGGCGCACUGAACGCAUCGGACGAGUCGGUUGCCUACAUCGCUGAAGAGGACGCGGGUCCUGCACCCGGGUACGAGCGCGAGCGCGUGCAGCGUGUGCCGCCUAGCUACGACCCAAGAUGGUCCGAGCAGGUGCCCGUCUUCGACGAACCUGAGCAUGAUCUUCAGGGCUCCCCGGAGGAGUACGACGGCGACGACUACCUCCAGGCUGCUGCCGCGGGAGCACCGCCGAGCAGCGGUCGGCUAUCCAGCGACGGCAGCCAUAGCCAGGCCCUCAGCGACGAGAAGCGGCGCAAGUCGAGCACGCCGACGGCGGCGUCCCAGCGUCGUCAGAGCAGCACGCUCACGACAUCGUCGAUGCCGAGCGAGAAGCGGCGGCACAGCAGCCGCGCCUCGGACAUGAGCGACCGGCGCACGAGCGACACGCCGAGCACUGUCCGCCGCAGCCGGAGCACGGCCAAGCCGCCCCUCGUGCUCGCCGAGAUGCAGCGUGCAAUGAGCGGGGACAAGGACGGCACCCCCGGCUUCUACCCCGACCGAAAACUGAGCGACAACACAGAGGACGAGGAACAGCACGCACCUGCCCAGCGCAAGGGGAGCACGUACAAGCCCCCGCUCAUGCUCCAGUCCAUGUUCAAGGUGAGCGAGGAGGGCCUCAACCUCCCCGAGGAGCCGCCGCAGAUCGAUCCGCUCGAUGCGUCGGGAAAGCCGCCCAGCCCCGUCCCGGAAGCGCCCAGCGCCGAAGGCCACGAGAAGUGA